AUGGUAUUCAAGUUCGUAGUUUUGUGCGCCGCUUUGGCCGUAGCCAGCGCUGGUAACUUGGGAUACACCUAUGGAGCCGCCCCAUUAGCCUACUCUGCAGGAUACACUCAUGGAGUAGCCGCCCCAUUGGCUUAUUCUGCUGGAUAUGCCCACCAAGCUGCCCCACUCGCUUAUUCUGCUGGAUAUGCCCACCAAGCCGCCCCACUCGCUUAUUCUGCUGGAUACGCUCACCAAGCCGCCCCAGUCGCCUAUUCCGCUGGAUAUGCUCACCAAACCGCACCAUUGGCUUACUCCGGUAGUUACUCUCAUGGAGUUGCCGCUCCACUUGCCUACUCCGCUGGAUACGCUCACCAAGUCGCCCCAGUCGCCUACUCUUCCGCCCCAGCUGUAUCUUACUCCAGCAUCUCUGCUCCAGUCGCCACUUACGCCAAGACCAUCGCCGCCCCAGUUGCCUACUCUGCUGCUCCAGUCGCUUACUCCGCCCCAGUAGCUCACGCUUACUCCGCCCCAAUCGUAGCUAAAACCAUCUCUGCCCCAGUUGCCACAUCUUACUCUCACUCCACCGUCACCAAGUCCGUGGCUCCAGUAGCCACCUACGCUGCCGCCCCAGUCGCCUCCUACGCCAAGACCAUCGCCGCCCCAGUUGCCUACUCUACCUACUCCGCCCCAAUUGCUCAAACCUACUCCAGCCCUAUCGUCGCCAAGACUAUCGCCUCUCCCCUCGCUUACUCCGCCCCAUCUGUCGGUUACGCUACAAACUACGGAUG